AUGAAAGUUGUGCCGGAGACCAAGGCUGUUGACCAGGGUGCUUUACCGGCAGGUCGCUCUUGCGCGUUCAUGCUGAGGUCCGGCCCACGUAAAGAGUUCCUUGAGAGUCUUGCAGUUGCGAGUCUCUUCUUGGGCAGUCUGUGGCUUCUAACAGCAGUGAGUGUGUCGAUCUUGUUUUACGAGUUCAUUGUGAAGCAACGGAUGCUGAGCCAGAGGAUGGCGGAUCAGGAUUUGGUCAGAAAGGCUUCCUGUGCUGGGUGGUUCUUGCUUCUCGGCGCCUUCCUGCUUUUGCUGGAUGCCAUUUACUUGCCUUUAGCGGAGUUCUUUGGCCACGAGAGAGGCCUGAGUCCGGCCCUGUUUCUGACCUUCGACAACAGUUGCGUGCUGGCAUCUAUCCUGGUCCUCGGUGGCCUCAUCGGACCAGCAGAGAUGUUGGAGCAGGAUGAGGUUCUGAGGGAGCUCGCACACAUGGCUUUCACACAAAAGAAGCGCAUCGCGUUUCCCGGGAGGGUGAACCCCAACUCACAGCACUGCAUUGUCAGUUUCCCUGGCAAGUAUGCAGAUGAGUGGGAUGCUGCUGUGCGCAUGGUCGAAGUGCGUUCUGGCGCCUGCAGCCUUGCAUGCGUCUUUUUGACGGACCAGCAGUCUGGCUUAGGCGUGCACAAGGAGAACCCGGAGAACCCGAGCGAAUGUUGGUGCAGGUCGCUGUACGGCCGGGUGCCAGCAGCGGCUUAUGUCAGCAUAGUGGAAGACCCAGAAACCAUGACUGAGGAUGACCUCCAAUUCAAAGAGGCCGACGCAAAGGCCAUGGGCCAGAUAUUCGUAAAAAGAGAGGGACAAAGCGAUGAGCAGUGGCAGAAGGACAAGAAAGACGCACAGAUUUCGGCUCAGCGCAAGUGCGAGGAAGUGAAUUUUGUUGCACCUUGGGGGUGCCAGUGGUUUCAAGAAUGGAAGCAGAAUGUGGAUGAUGCUGUGGAACUUUGCCAAACGUUGCAUGUGUUUUAUUUCAAAGAUCGAGUCGGAUGCGGUAAGCUCAAGUGGGAGGAGCUCUCGAACGAGACCUCUGUCAAAGAGGCCCGCCAAAAUGGUGGCCUUGGCGCAUCCCAGACUGCAGAAGUGGCCUACUUAGAGAAGUGUGGCUACCAAUUUGAGGACGUGGCGCUGACGGAAGCGGCGGCGGGGGAGCUGCUCGGGGCGUUGCCGGGCCUCAGCCACGGCCGCGAGGGGACCGUGGCACUGGUGGAUCUGGCCCUGGUCGCUUCCCAGGCCACCAUUCUGCCGCCGGACGCGCCGAAACCGAGCGACGUGGAGGUGGCGCUGAACGCCCUCCGCUGGGCGGCGCGCCGGGGCGGGCUGCUGGAAAGGGACCUGCGCCAGCGUGUGGCCGGGUGCCUGCGCAAACAGGGCUCUCAGUACUCCGUGGCCUCCGUGCGCGUGGGUGCCGAGGCGGUGAAGUUGGCCCGGGAGAUCGGCAUGGCCCAAGGCGACGCUUUGGCACUGGGCCGGGCACUGGAGUUGGAGCGCGAGAAGCUGGCGGCGCGGCUGCCCUGCUGGCGCAUCCGCCCGCUUAAGCUCAAGGCCUCGCUGCUGGGGCGCUUCGUGCUCCAGGCCACCCGGUUCCGGGACGCCUUGCACUUGGAGGAGGUGCUGAAACUGCAGGAGUUCCUGGACUUGGGCUGCCAGCUCUGUGGGUCCUGGUCCAAGGAGGAUUUGGAGGAGGUGGCCUUGCUGCUGGACGUGGGGCCCAAGGACGUGGAGGGCGCCCAGGCCUUGGCGCCCCUGGUGGGCGCCAAGCGCCUGAGGAAGGCCCUGGCGCCUGGGGGCUUCGCGGCGCAGUUCCCACAGGCGGCGCCGCUCUGCUCCCAAGACCUGCUGGAGGCAAUCGAGGCAGCGGCGCAGAAACCUUCGCGCUCGCGGAUGCCAGAGGCCAACGCCUCGUCGCUGCCUUUGGCGCCGGCGUCUUGGGAGCCCGCACCAACUGCACCCAGCGAGCCCAGCGCACCCAGCGCGCCCAGCGCGCCGAGCGCCCCUGGCCCUCCCACUGCGCCCAGCGCACCCAGCGCGCCCAGUGCGCCCAGUGCGCCCAGUGCGCCCAGUGCGCCCAGUGCGCCGGAUUCUGCAUCCAGGGCGCCGAGCCCGCCUGAGCCCCCGUCCGUCGAGUCGCAGGCGUCCCCGGAGGCGUCGCCCUUUAUGCCGCCGCCCCCCGUGGCGCCGCCCGAGUCGCCCAGCCCGUCCCCGGUGCGCACGUCGCGGCCAUCCUCGGCGUCGCCGAAAAAGAUGAGGCCCAGCUCACCGACCAAGAGCGCUGGUGAUGAUGGCUCCUACGGGGAAGACUUCGAUCAGUUCGAUGAGGACUUUGAGGAGGAGUCGGUAGAAGAGGAUGACUGA